CUCUGCUAUACCAUCAUGUUUAUUUAUCAUGCGUUCCUUAUCGAGUGUGCCACAGGCUUUCUACUUCCCGCGAAUCCCGCGAGAGAUCGUCAGACUCGUCAGUUGACGACAGACGUUUUCGGACUUCUCAUAAUAUGCGAACGUAACCUCGAGUCGUCGAGAAGGAGGAUUUAUGUCUGCUCUGCCGAGAGUGACUGCGCGAUAAGUGACGGUGUGAGCUGUAAAAAAGGACCGAAAAUGAAAUAUUCCACCUCGCCGGCGAUCAGUCGGUGUCACUCGCCUGUUCCGACAGAAUUCUCGUCUUCGCUGCCGACACCGGUCGUUCACAGACACAAUUGUAUGGGCGCGGCGACAAAGUGCUACAAAUACCUGAGGAAACUGCUGAAGUUCGAUCAGAUGGACUUCGAGUUUGCUGUUUGGCAGAUGAUCUUUCUGUUUAUAUCGCCGCAGAAGGUGUACAGAAACUUCCAAAACAGAAAGCAAACGAAGUCACAAUUUGCGAGGGACGACCCUGCGUUUUUAGUGCUGAUAACAUGCUGCUUCUGCAUAUCCACCGUUGGCUUCGCCAUAGUACUGAGUUUAAAAUUCUUCCAAUUUGUAAAGUUGUUAUUUUACAUGGUUUUCAUCGAUUACAUAGCCAUUGGACUGUUAAUAACAACGCUAUUCUGGUUUGCAGCCAAUCGGUAUCUCAGGAUAGACAGAACACAAGAUGUCGAAUGGGGCUACGCGUUCGACAUCCAUUUGAACGCGAUGUUUCCUUCAUUAAUCAUACUUCACGUCUUUCAAUUAAUUUUAUACAAUGCUUUGAUAAAUAACAAUUCGUUUUUUGGACGAUUCCUUGGGAAUACGUUUUGGUUUAUAGCUAUCGGUUAUUACAUUUACAUUACGUCUCUCGGCUACGCAAAUAUCGAGAUACUCCAUAAAACGCACCUGUUACUGUCUAGCCUACCUGUAAUACUGCUGACAUACGUUAUUACAUUAUGCGCCGGUAUCAAUAUUAGUUAUUUAGUUAUGGAGUUCUAUCGUUAUCGGGCUCUGUAAAAUAUUUGUAUUAAAUCGCUGUCCUGUACGUCGGACUAACACAAACACCUGAUUGUGCAGUA